CGUAGGGCCUCCCUCCUGCGCAUGCGUAAUGACCCAAUCCUCAGAAAAUGGCGGACGAACUGAAACGGUUGUCGUGUCUCUCCUAACAUUUCACGUCUUUCCUGACAUAUUCCGUCUCAUUUCGUGCUCAAACUUGCCUGUACAGAAAAAGACAACAUGGGAGCAGUGCUUACACGCUUCAAAAAAAAGCAAACUACGGUAGAAGUGCUUGAAGGGCUAGAUAAGGAAAUCCAGAGCUUAGAGCAAUUUAAACGGCACAAUGAGGAGUUGCAGAGACGUUACGUUGGCGGGCUGCUGAUUUAUUCCAUCGUGUUGUACAUAGCCGCUGCCGUUAUGUUCUACUUCCUCUUCUUCCCUGAGGGCUGGCAGGAGCGAGUCAUCCGAUCACUACCUCUACUCAUGUUCCCACUGCUAAUAUGGACCGUCAAGAAGCUACUCCAUUGGUACUUCGUAAGAAGAAUCACAAAGAAAGAAAGUCAGCUAGAAGACUUGAGAGAAAAGAAGAAGAACAUUCUAGAAGAUGUGAUGGAGCACGAGACUUACAAGGCAGCCAAGGAAAUUCUGGAGAGAUUUGGACCAAGCAAAGAAGAGCCGACUCCUGAACAGACCCCACCAGGCAGCCCGAGAAGACAGCCAGGGCCACCUAUCCCUACCCCCGGGCCCCCACCUCCUGGACAAGAGUUACGUCAGCGGAGAACGCCAGCGCCGCCUGCCCAGCCCAACAUCCCCCGCCUGGCGGUCGCCCCGACUAGAGUGGAGACUCCUUCCCAGGGUACUCCGGUGCCGCCCCGGCCCCCUGGGCACUCUCUGCCCCAGGCUACACCGUCUAUGGUCUCCCCCUGGACCCCGUCCCGUGGCCCGCCGGAGUGGCAUGCUGGGACACCGUGGCCCGCCGGAGUCCCCAGUCGUCCUCCCGGACCGCCACUAGCGCGCCCGAUCCUGCCCCGUGAGCGGACGGUGUUUGAUCGUGUUGUUGACUACCUAGUGGGAGAGGGUCCCAGCAGCAGGUUCGCACUCAUCUGUCAACAGUGCCACUCUCACAACGGCAUGGCACUGCAGGAGGAGUUUGAAUUCAUCACGUUUCGCUGUGCGUACUGCUACACGCUCAACCCAGCUCGUAAAGUCCGCCCCACUGCGCCCAAACUCUUGCCAGACGAGCCCGCGACGCGUUCGUCAACCGCUGGUGAGGACGUGUACAGCGAGGAGGAGCGAAAGUUCGUGCUUCACGACAAGGACAGCGACUCGGAGGCCAACCUCGCUGACGGGAAGGAUGAUGAGAAUGAGUGUGACAGAGAAGAGAAGGAUAGAGAGGAGGAGGACAUGAUUGACACGGUUGCCCCCGGCAACAAGGACAUGAUUCCAGAGGAAGAGAAGGCAGGAGGAGAAGGGAAUUCUGGGAAGGCUGUUGAGGAUGUUUCGAGUGACACACCGGAAGAUAUCGGAGAUGGACAUAUCAAAGAAGAUUGAUGAAAUUAAAA